UCUCCGGUCCCACGAGCGCUCUGUUCACCUGAAGGAACGACCACAUGCAUGUGAACAUUGUGGCAAAUCGUAUUCUGUGAAGCACGGUUUGCAAGGACACAUCAAAUCUGUCCAUUCGAAUGAGCGACCUCACAAAUGCAAAUACUGUGUGAAGACCUUUUCUCUGUUGGUUAGGCUCCGAGUCCACGAAAAGUCUGUUCACUUGAGAGUGCGCCCCCAUGCAUGUGACCACUGUGGUAAAUCGUUUCCCAAGAAGGGCAAUUUGCAAAAGCAUAUCAGUUCUGUUCAUUUGGGUGAGUGUUUAACAAAAGAUGCCACCCCGUUGUACCAUCGUCGGUGGUUUUGUUUGAUUUCAUCCGAAUCAACAUUGCGUUGUUUUUACUUUGAAGCUAAAUGUUAUUGUGCAAAAUGUUCCCAUUUCUUA